CAAAGGAGGAAGAAAGAGGGAUCUUCAUAUUCUUCUUCUCUCUUUGUCCCCCUUUGUAUACUACAAUUUCUGGGAAUUGAUUUCCUUCUUAUCCGGCAAUUUCUGGGAUCUUUUAGAGGCAAAUUAAUCUGCUAGGGGCAGGUCACACAAUGGCCAUUGGGUUACACAUUUUACCAACAACAACUUCAAGAAAACGCGCAGGCAAGAAACAGGUUGGAAAGGCGCGCCCAUGGCAUGAUGAUGAUGAUGAUGAUGGUGUUGAGAGUGAAGAUCACAAUGCGAAAAGUGACCCGGUAUCCCCUCCAAAUCCAGGUCCUGAUGUUGGAAUGCACAGAGGGAUUCCAUUGCGCUCUCUCUCAACCAACCUUCCCCUCCUCCCACCCUCAAAGCCUCUUCGCUUGGCGCAUCUGUCAAAGAGCCCACCUCCCAAACCAGCGGCAAUAAUGGCCCCACCUCCACCACCUCCACCAAAGGGCCUCAAAACCAAGAAGGCCAUUGGGAAACUGAAAAGAUCAAUCCGUAUGGUCACGUGGUACCAAACACUCAAGAGGAAGUUGGAGGGGCAUAUCCAACAGGUGGUGAGAAAUGUAGUGGGAAAGAGAACUCUUGUGGGCGGGGCCCCCUCUAGCGACAAACACGGAUUGGACAAGGCAAUUGAGGAGAUGAUGAAGAGGUCGGCGUAUUUUCAGCGUAUAGAAGAAGAUGUGAAUAAACACCAUCAAGAAAUCAUUGAGCUUAUGAAAGCCAUCAAUUCCUUUCAAGCGAAGGACAUGCCGGAGCUCCUUCAGUUUUGCAAGGAAGUGGAGAAACAUUUAGAUAAACUGACAGACGAAUCCAAGGUGCUCGCCAGGUUUGAAGAUUUCCCUUUCAAGAAACUGGAAUCGCUCAGGGAAGCAGCGGCAUUGUACACGAAACUGGAAGAAACUAUAGACACCUUGAAGAACUGGAAGGUGGAGCCUCCUCUUGGAGAGGUUCUUGAUAAGGUUGAAAGAUACUUCAACAAGAUUAAGAGAGAAAUAGAAACAGUGGAAAGGAACAAAGAGGAAGACAGGAAGAAGUUUCUGGGCAACAAUAUCUCCUUCGACUUCAGCAUCGUCGAUCGGGUGAAGGAAGCCAUGGUUGACAUUUCUUCAAGCUGCAUGGAACUCGCGCUGAAGGAAAGGCGAGAAGGGAUUGAGGAAAGAAGGAGGGGAAGUGUAAAGGUACUAUGGAGGGCAUUCCAGCUCGCAUUUCGGAUCUAUAGCUUCGCAGGAGGGCAAGAUGACCGGGCAGACAAAAGGAUUGUAAACCCAGAGUUUGGCUGCAUGGCAGCCAUCUUCCUUAAACUCUUUGGCUGGAGAAAAGCUUCCAAAUGCAAGAAAAUGAUAGGAAGGGUGCAGUGCAGACUGAAGCUGGUGAAGAACAAGAGAAGUUGCAUUGCAAGGCAGUUAAGGGAGGAUUUGGUUGAGCUUCUCCGAAAUGGCCAUCACCCCCUCGUUCUUGAUAGGGUUGAACACUUGUUUAUGGACGAAAAUCUGGUGGCAACAUACGACAUUUUGGACCAUUAUUGUGAAUUCAUCAUCAUUAAUCUUCCCUACAUACGCAGACACAAAGACUGUCCGAAUGAGAUAAACGAAGCGGUGUCGACGUUGAUAUACUCAUCGGCGAGACUGGGCGACCUGCCGGAGCUUCGGGCAAUCAGAAAGCUCUUCGCCGGACGAUAUGGCCAGAGAUUUGUGAACGUGGCUCUCCAUCUCCUCCCCGGCAAUCUUGUCGAUACCCAGAUCAAAGAUUGUUUGUCCACAAAGUGUGUAACAGAAGAAGUGAAGCAUAGAUUGGUGGAGGAAAUCUCUAGGAGCUGCUUUCAUCAUGGGCCACCAUUGCUCCUUGAUUACACUCCUGAGUGGCAAAAACAGGAAAAUAAAAGGUCGUCCCCGAGGAAAGAAAAGGAGGAAAUGGUGGGCGAGAUUACAGAGUUCGAAAACAAGAGCACGGAUCCGUACGUGCAAGAUCAAAGAUUUUUCGUCUUCAACUCGCCGCCUAGUCGCUUUCUCGCCUUGAUACUUUUCAACAAAUCCAUUGAUGGGGAAGAUGAAAAAGAAGAAGAGAAGAUUGAAAGUUUUUGGAGUUUGAAUGAGGAAGAAGAUGAUCAAAGGGGAAUAAAAUGCACCCACAAAAUGGUGAUGAAUGACAAGAAGAAUGAGAGAGAUGGGCCGCCAUAUGUGCGGGCCGCCAAUGAGAGGAAACCCAUUGAGGAGAGCGUACUGGACCGUAUUUCCCGGUCCAUUUCGUUCCCGGACCAUGUCCAUCCUAAGCUGCCCGACUACGAAGAAAUAUCAGCCAAAUUCAUGGCGCUCAAGAGAGAGAGAAUUCAAAAUAUAGGCCACCAAAAUACUCCUUAAUUAUUUUCCCUUUAAAAAAAUACUCCUUGAUUAUUUAGAUCAUCAUUUUAAUUACAUUCUUUUUCAUUGAGAAACGUGCACCGUUUACCCACGAAUUCUUUAGAAAUUGCAUGGUUUACCUCUGAAUAUUAAAAAUUGCACUGAUUA